UUCUGAUUGGCUGUGUUCACGCUGCUGCUGAUGUGGUGUUCCGAAGAUAGCAAGCCUGGUUAGCCGAUUCAGAGAUAUUCUUUGGUAAAACAGUGACUUUGCUUUGUUAGAAUAAUGCCUUAUUAUCAGACUUGGGAAGAGUUCGCCCGUGCAGCAGAAAAACUGUAUCUGACAGAUCCCAUGAAGGUCAGAGUGGUUCUGAAGUACAGACACUGCGACGGCAACCUUUGCAUAAAAGUGACCGACAAUGCCGUGUGUUUACAAUACAAGACAGACCAGGCCCAGGAUGUGAAGAAGAUCGAGAAGCUCCACGGAAAACUGAUGAGACUCAUGGUGUCCAAGGAGACGCACAGCGGUGCCAUGGAGACGGACUAAAAUGCUCUAGUGGCGCUGACCUUGUAGAGCACCUGGACUGAGUUCAGUGGACGAAAUGGUGGAGAGAGCACAGAACCAUCAGAGUGCUAUGUGGAGUCUGAGAGAGGGCAGUGAAGAGAGAAUGUUGCGAGAUUGAUCUGGCUGCCUACACUCUUUUAAUACUGUCAGAGAUGUGAGAUAUAUACUGUAUAUAUUCUCAGGAUUUUGUUUUUUUAUGAUACUUUGUAGUCAUUAAAAAUCCAUCAUCCAGCUUUUCCUUGUCAGGCAUUUUGAUCACAUCCCUGAUGGUAUUAAAAUAAAGUAAGGUCAGAGUAGGCUGCUGGGAAAUUUUAGGAAAUGUAGAGAUUGGAAAAUAAGAGGGGCUGGGGGGAAAUGUGGGACAAACUGUACAAAAAGUACAAAUCCUCUGCUGCUGUGUUAGCAGCUUUGGCAUUGAGCAUGGAGUGUGCAUUUAUUUUCAGUUUCAAAGGGGACGAAAAGGACGGGCAAUAAAGAGGCAUUGCAUGUCUUUUCUAUUUACAUCUAUGUUGGAUUCAAUUUCAGCACAGCGAUUGGUUUCAUUUUGUUUGUCCUCAUGGAUUUGUGCCAUGCGAAUGAAGCAGGACCUUCUGAUUUUGUAUUGAAGGUGUGGAGAAACCCACGAUUUCAAUGGAGAAACUCCCACACUUCCAGAUGCCAUUUCGUUGUCUGAAAAAUUGCGUUACAUAGUCAAUAAAUGUUUAUUUACCCAAGUACA